AGGCGAUCUACCAAGUCUGUUUCGCGACAACACCGACGAAGGACGAAGAAAGCGUGGCUGCGUAGAAGCCUGCAUCAUGCAGGGUCUUGGUCUGAUGAACGGAAACGUCAUUGAUAUGCAGAAAAUCAGUGAACAAAUUGACAAAGUGAUAGAUGACGACGAAAAGAAGGAGAGCGCACGCAAAGCUGUACAGGAGUGUGUAGAUGAAGCCGUCAACGAUGACGAAUGCUUGGCAGCGAACAUCUUCGCUCGAUGUGGUUUUGAACACGUUAGGGGGCGGUUCCAUCAGCUGGUAAAUGACUUAAGAAAUUUAGGCCAAGAGUAAUGUAUGUAUAUCCUCGAUCAAACAAGUGACACAAAUUCUACGAUACUUAUAAUUAAACGAAU